AUGUCCACACAUGAUAUCGAUGAUGACGACUACGUUAGAAGCUUGCUGAAGCAGGAUGCGAAGACGUCGACGAAAAAGUAUGAGAUGGUGGGUCUCGAUGCCUUCAAUCCCCUGAAGUAUGUCGCGGUCAACUUCCCCAGGUGUACCGACCUCUAUGGAGUCAAGGUCGGCUGCGCCGAAACCGAAUACCAGAUUCCUCCGCCACAUCAUUAAAGAGACGGACACGCACAAUGCAGCAUUACUAGCAAAGGAAGCCGAGGAGUCGCGGGCGCGUCUUAGGCACAUGGAGAAGGGGAAGAAACUGUUAGAGAAAAGGAACAUACGGAGGCACGAUCCGGGAAGGCUGACACCUGUCGAUUUCAGCGGUGAAGAGACAGGGAACAAUGCGCGGAAGCGCUCAAGACAAGACGACAGCGAUGAUGAGAGGGAUCGAAGCCGACGGAGACGACGGGAUCGCGAGGACGCAGGACACGCUAGAUCGGACAGAAAAAGACAAGGAGAUGGAAGUCGGAGGAGAGAACGAGAAAGAUACGAUGAUAGUGAGGGGGACAACGCCAAACGUAGCUCUAGACACUACGACACGAGCAAGGGACUGGAACGCGACCAUCGUCACAGCAGCAGACGCCAUCAUUAUGAUAGCCACAGGAAGGAUUCGUCAGGACAUAGGUCCCAUCGAAGAAGGUCUCGUUCGCCCGCUGCAUCUCGCUCUCGUUCUAGGUCACGAUCUCCUCGGAGACACCAUAAAUCAUCUCGGCGCCAUAAUUCCCGCUCCCGAAGUCCACGAUCGCGAAGUUCCAAGAUCCAUGAUGACACAAAACAUCGCACUCAAAAGGCGCACUCGCGACGAGAACCAUCCCCUCGUAAUGGCUCUGAUUCAGACCCACUGGAAGACAUUGUCGGCCCACUGCCACCAUCACCGGCGCAAUUAAACGUGCGAUCACGGGGCCGCGGCGCUCACAAGGCAAAUUCCAUGGCGAUGGACGCACGAUUUUCUUCUACGUACGAUCCUCAAUCUGACGUGCACCUCAACUCAGAUGUCGAGGAUGAGUGGGGCGACGCUCUCGAGGCCCUGAAGGAUCGCGAAAGGUGGAAGCAACAAGGAGCUGAACGUUUGAAGGCCGCGGGGUUCACAGAUGAUCAGGUGAAGAAAUGGGAGAGGGGAGAUGAGAAGACGGAGGAGGACGUCAAGUGGUCUAGGAGAGGAGAAGAUCGAGAAUGGGACAAGGGAAAAGUAUUCGAUGCGGAUGGCGAUGUUGGAUUGAAGGCGGAAUGGGGAAGACUAACGUGAUACCAGGUUAACAGAGGCGCCCAGGAUUAAUCGUAGACUCGUAGCUCGUACCCAUGGUUAGGUACUUUGCGGCUUUUGGCCAAUUGGACAGUAAUGUUAUUUCAAUGCUCGGC